AGGUUGUUCUACUAGGUCGUAAGAAGUUUGUUCUAAGUAGGUUGUAGUUCUAGUCUUAUGAUUCAAAGAGAGCUUCAUUUAGACACGAAUUGGAAGAGCAACUGCUUCUAGUAGAGGAAAAACAUGAAGAAUUCAGCUGACCCUGAGCACAAUCCUUCUGAGGAUGGUGACGCACCGGCGAGUGCCUCCUCACCACAUCAUCAACCGCCACAAGAUGACUUCGCUUCGCACGAUCCCUCCAUAGUGACGGUGUACAGUCUUGGUGGUGACAGAAUAGGAGAGAUAGCAGUUCCCGUCACUCUAAAGGAAGAUGGUGCUGAGGCUCACGAGGAUGUUGGACUGGCUAGGAGAGCUGGGACAACAUCAGCUGGGCACCAGGGUGACUUAAAUUAUGGUGAGCUUUUAUAUCCAUCUUUCGCGGCAUCUUGAUCCCCUUUUGGCUUGUAUUCUCAUGAAAUACAAGGGGAAAGGGGUCGAGAUGAGGGGACCAAGAUGGAUUCAAACCUGAGUCUAAUGAAAUGUGGCGGUCCAGGAUGUGCGCGAGAUGGCCUCAAAGUUCUUCGAUGUUGCACUGGCGCAUACGCUGGUUUUCUUUGCCGGGGAUAACGUAACUGACCGCGAGUUUCUGAAACUUGAUACAAUUGCCUCGGCGCCCGCACCAUCUUCCGAGAAGCAGGAGACUCAUCAAAUUCACGUAGCUAUUGACUCCACCGAGCGAGCUACGUGGCUGAAAGCGCUGCGAGGUCUGGAAGAAUUUCUUUACUUGGGCCUGAUGAAGGCAGAAAAUAAAGUGGCCUCAAAGGACGAUCCUAAGAGUGGAGCUCGACGAAAGAUUAAGGCUCAAAAUAUUUCAUUAUUUCCACAUGUUUUUUUUCCCUGGUUUCCUCUUUGGGAACCUGAAGAAAUGAACGCAAGAAAUGAAACGUUUUGAGCUCGAAAAAGAUGGUCACCAAUGCCUACGUCAAUCCUUAAGGCUGGCUAGUAAUACUAGGCUCUAGAAGAAGUGGUCUAUCAUGUUGAUAAUUCUUGAUGUAGUUGAACUAUGUUUAUUCAGUCUCGUACUCCGAGUACUAGAGAAAGUAGGAUCACUAGUAGGAGUUCUACAACUUCUUGUUGAUCUAUUACUUGUUCCUCUUCUAAUGGUAGAAUACACGUGUCAGUCGGUGGCUUGUCACUCUGCUACAGGACGAGGAGAGGUUUCCUCCGUACCUUCUUCAAGAUGUGGAGAUCGUGAAGGCAGCUGCUCAGCUUAAUUUAAGGCUCAGACUUCAGAAUAAUACUUAUUAUACUCUCACAUCUUCUGGUUCUUGGGAGCAACUUGUAAUUACUAUUCAAAAAUAGGCACUGAGUAGAGUGGUCACUGACAAGAGGAGACCCGCUGAGCGAACCGGGGAAAACAGAGGAAAAUGUAGGAGCGGCGUUGGGGGUCUUGUCCCACCUUUAGAAUCAGUGACCAAUCACUGCUCACCGGCUUUAAUUACUUAUCAUCUUUUUGACAACUCAGUGGAACUGCCAGACGAUAUGUUGUGGAGUCGAGAGUUUGUUGAAGCGGUAGGACUGGCAGAGGCAGAUACUGCCUCGUGUGAAUGGAUAAUCCAUUUCUACUGUGAACGCGAUGCGAAACGGUUUUUUGAUGAGUUUCCUGAUAUCGUAGUUGCAGUGAGGCGUUUCUUGAUAGAGAAGUAUGUGAAGCCGCCGGAUGCGUACAACAGAGACCGUGGUUAAGGGUUUCCUCAUAAUUGCGUCCUGCACUACCUGACUUUUUUCCACCUGACUUUUUUCCCACUAAGAAAUGCAAUUAUGCGGAACCCUCUAACGUGGCGUGGUCGCCUUCCUGAGACUAGCCCUGCAAUCCUUAUCAACGCCUCGUGUGCCAGGUAAUCUUCAGGGGGAUUCAAACCGUAAAACUCUGUUGUCGUUGAUGUCAGCCAAUGGUUGCAUCCUGCGAUUCUGCCAAGAAUUCUUAUUAGACAGACAUCUGCGCGAUAAGGAGAUCGUCCUUGCCGCUGUGAGAUCUGAAGGGCACGUAUGACAGGAAAAAGGAAAAAGUGCACUCACACUCAAGAACUUGGCUAAGAUUCAAGUAGGAAAGUAUAGCUACUUUCUUGAGUGUGGGCGCACUUUUUCCUUUCAUCACAUGUGCUCGUAUUUGCGUCUGAGGAUUUACGGAAUGAUAAGGAUGUGGUUUUGGCAGCAUGCUCUCAAGACGGAGAGGCGUUUAAGUAUGCGAGCGGCCAAUUACAUGACGAUCGUGACUUCGUAAGACAAUUAAGGCUCAGACGUCAUGAGUCGCGUUAGUCACUGAGACAUAGUGGUCACUGAGAUCGAAGAGGAGAGCCCCGUGAGAGAACAUGAGGGGAAAACAAGAGGAGAGGCGCGGGGCCCUUUUCUUUCGGAGUCAGUGUGUGGCCACUGACUUCCGAGGAGCUUUAAGGCAAGUAGUGCAAGUUAAUGGCUGGGCCCUUCUGCAAUGCUCUCCCGAAUUUCAGACAGAUCGCGAGAUUGUGGAAUUGGCCGUGAGGCAGGACCCGAAAGUUUGGCGUCGCGUCUCCGAGGACCUCAGGCGAGACCAAGACCUUACCAAGCUUGCGGUAUCACGGGAUGGGACGCUUCUCUUCGCUAUGAUCGAGCCUCCUCGUGACCUCGUCUUGCUAUGGGUGAAUGUGGGGGAGGAAUUCAUCUCCAAAGUCAUCUGGAACAACAGGACAAGAGGAAAGAGGGACCCAGAUGAUCCCUGACAUGAAUUUCGUACGCCUUCAAUUUUGACCGCUUUGGCUAACGCCCGGCUCGGCGAACUUGCGGGAGCUCCUGGGGAGUAUCUGAAUAGCUACGCUAAUAAUGAAUUCGCAAACGCAAUGCUUGCUUUGCAUUUAAGACUACAAGCUGAUGUUAAGGCAAGAUGAACCAAGAAGAUAGCUGCUGCAGUACUCUGAUAAAAAUUUGAAAAUUUUUCUAGACUCGGUUGUACUCUCUCUUUUUUCUAGUCUCUUUUCUAAAUACCUCUACUAGACUGGGUGCACUACAGCUACUACUAUCCUCGGUUCCUAUUGUUCGAUCUUCUCUCUUGUUUGUUUUUCAUCUACCGUACGUCAGCACUAAGUACUUGAAAUUCUUCUGCAAAUUUGUUUACUGUUACUCAUCUUUAGUUGAACUCGCCCGAGGACAUGUGCCGAACAUUUAGAAGAUCUUAGUUAAAAACUACUACCCUCUAUUAUGGGUCAUAAAAAGGGAGAGUUGACAAAGGAGGCUGACACAGAAUGCGCACGCUAAUGCGAGUCUAUGAGUUACAGGCUCCUGCUCAGUAAAAGUAGUUCAGUUGAGAGUAGGGAUGGCAAAGCGCUACCUCUAAACCUGAUGGUGGAAUCUUGGCAAGUCCGGAGGCUUACAAUGAUGUACGACGUCUUACAUUUGCAGAAAGAGAACGACAAGGAAAGCCCGAAGUGGACAUUUUAUGGCCUCUAUCGUAGUUACUCCAAUUUUCUUAUAUUUAUCAGUACAUUUUUGGAUUAGGAGCAGGCAUCUUUAUUUUUGAUUUCGUUUUUGGCUGGGUUUGAAUCAAUUGAACAAGAUUGUAGAACAAACAAAAAGACGCUGCAAAAGACUCAACUUACAGAAGAUGACUGUCAUCUACACCUUCACAUCCAAGAUGUAGCGACUCAUGAUGUUUUUUUUGGGCAAGUAGGUCGAUCUAAAAACGGAUGCCGAUAUUGAUUUCCUUCUGCGUGCAGUGGAAGCAUCAGGAAGCGUCAUAGUAGAGCAUAUUCGGGGUGCUUGUACGCGCGAUCUGCGCCUGCUGGCAGAAUUUCAGCCGCAGAAGUUUCGGGAAAUUGUCCGUUCUUGUGCAAGACCAGAUAUGGUCGUGAAGAACAUGCUUCGCAAUGGUGAAUCAAGGGCGUGGAUCGAGAUUUUCAGCCAUGGCAACGUCGACUAUGUAGGUUUUUCGUCUUGUAGUUCUUCUGGUGGUGUGAGUGGGACGCAUGCACCAGAUGAAAGAUUAAGGCUACUUCUUAUAGUUUUACUCUUACAUACUAUCUAUAGAUCUAUCAUUUCUUAUCUCACACAUUCAAUCUUGCUUGUCUUCUCGUGUAUGUCUCUGCUUUCUCUGGCACUUAUCUCACACUUACCACGCUAUUAAAAAGUGUGUGAAGUUGAAGAUCAAUUCCUGAUGCAUGAUGAUCAUGAAUUUCGUGGUAGUUUUUUUACUCCCUCCGUCCUUCCAGCAUGCUUCCUCGUUUUCCUUGGCUUUCUCACUUGUUUUUUCUUUCUGCUACUUGAGUUAAGGCAUACAAAAAAAAAACACGAGACAAAAAAUUUGGAAGAUCCGAAAAAAUCAGUGCUCACCCAACGACGACCAUGCUCUUGUCAAGGACCGAGCUGUCUCCAAUGGUGCUGCACUUUAGUUAUAGCUCCAAGUCUAAUGCAAGUAGUUGGCUCUACAGCACCAUGUCCUAGUACAACUUCGAGUUCCGAUCAGAAGACGUCAAAAGCGCUAGUUUUAGCAGAACUGCUGGAAGAGUUGAUUUUAGCCGCGGUUCGCUGCGAUGGAAGCCUGCUGAAGUGGGCGGGAGACUUCCGCGACGAUGCUGAAACCGUGGUGUCCGCGACAAAGAAUUGUGUAACUGUUAAGGCCGCAAUAGAACAUUAUUUUUAACCACAAAAGAAUGAUUAAGAUUUACUAGAUUUUUCAGGCCACAAAAGUAAGAACACCGUUAAGACUACGUAGCUGCUAGUUUUCCAUUCUAUUCUUUCAACAGCAUACGCAAAAAGAAAGAUAUAGCAAACUGCAAUAGAAGCAAGCGCAAGUUGCGACUGUAUUCCGAUUUCAUCCUCCUAUCUGAAGAUAGGUUUCUGUGCGCUGUUGGUUCAUUGGGUUGCAUCCGUAAGGUUUGAAAUGAUAAGUCUUUUUAUUGAUGCAACACUAGGUCUAGGUCCUCUUCGUCUUCUAAAGUUGCUUACUCGCAUGCCUCUGAGCGUUUGCGCGGUGACGUUCGCUUUGUUUAUCGCCUAUUAAGCGCAGACUGUUCUCUUCACCAGCACGAGCGGUUGGAUAAGAAUGGCGACGUCAUCACAUUCACCCCCUUGAAGCAAGAACACACGUGGAGCUUUCUCGGCUAUUUCACAGGAUGGCAGAAGUUGCAAGACGAGGCACCAGAGAAAGCCUUUCGCUUGGCUCACAUAGCGUUGGAGCGAGGCUAUCGCUUGAGGAAUAUACCGCUGGUGGAGCUUGAGGAGGACCCGACCCUUCAAGAGGUGGAUCGUCUUUACGCGCACCACGUAAUGGGUCCCUUCUUAGUGCUGGACGAGAAAACAACUCUCCACGACAUCAUGGACGAGCUGCAUCCCACGGAGCGGCGUGCCGGAACCUACGAAGAAUUUCUAGAAAUUCUUGACGAAAAGGUAUAAUUGGGUUUUUACUGGUCAUUUGGUAAGCAUGCAGCUGGUUUUUGUAACAUGUAUCGAAAUGAUAGUCGCAACUUGCAUUACUCAUUACCAAGGUACUUACUUGUAGUUGUACCAGUACAACCACAACUACUUACUUACUAUUAUCACUAGGGAUGAAGCAAUGAGAAAGAAGCAUCUUCAAUUUUGACCAGGAGGAGAGCCAAUCCUUCAAUAGUUAAUCCGUAGUGUCCGCUAAAAUACUCAACAAAACAUCUUCAGGGUCUUCGAGCUCCGCCGAUUCCCGAACAGGACGACGAUGAAUAGGCCUCGUGCUGGAGGAUGUUCCGACGAUGCAUGUACGAACGACUAUAAAUGUGGAGGUGUCAGGUGAUGAUUGAAUUUGAAUAUUCCGUCGACACGGCUGGUUCUUACCUUCCAGAGCUUUGUUUGAGCUGGUGGUAGAAGUUGUACAACAGUCUUCUACAUUUCUACUGUUGAAGUUGAUGACCGGUGUAUUGACAGAACUUCCUUCGUGGUCCUUGAAGGGCUUACGAAGUCAACAUGCUUUUCUAAUAGUCAUAAGCACCUCUGAUAAGUGAACAGGCCAACGCCUAAACCACUAAGCCAACUGCGCGCUGUUCACUUAUCAACCUUCACCUGAAAAUGAUGGCAUUAUCUUCAAAAAGAAGAAGCUUCAAAAAGCGGC